AUGCUGGUGGUCGACCUGGGCGUAUGGCUCAUCCCGCUGACGUUCGUCCUCGUCCCGUGCCGCCGGAUCGUGCUCCUCCUGUCGAGGCUCGAGGAGCUCCGCCGGAGCAUGAUGACGAGGCCGAGGCUCCCCACGGCGGACAUGUGGACCCGCUUCGCCACCCUCAACUCCAUGGCUUUCAUGCUAAUGAGGAUUUCCUGCAAUAUAUAUGCAUCUUCUUCUCACCGGAUAGCAUUUCCUCUGUGA